AAUAUUGUAGGUUUCCAUGCACCCACAACAUCAUGGCCAGUAGUAGGAACUUUGAUGGUUGAACCACAACUGAAUCAGAAGAUAAGGAAGAACUUGACAGAUUCUGUGAUGCUCUCAUAGCAAUCAGACAUGAAAUACAAGAUAUAGAGGAAGGGAAAAUGGACAGAAAAAUAAACCCUCUCAAGAUGGCCCCACAUUGUCAGGAGGAUGUUAUUGCUGAAAACUGGGACAGACCAUAUGACCGUAAAACAGCAGUUUACCCGGCUGAAUUUGUGACACCAUCUACAAAGUUCUGGCCAACUGUUGGGCGUAUUGAUGACAUUUAUGGUGACCAGAAUUUAGUGUGUACAUGCCCCCCUAUGUCUACAUAUGAAUCUCCAUUUGUAGAUGAUGCUAGUAACGUUCAAGUGUCUCAGAAAACUUAAACUAUAUUAUCAGGAAGGAAAGACGUUUUUAUUUGCUUAAAGCUUAUCAAAAUUUGGUGUGUCAUUUUAUUUUCUCCUGCCUAUUAUGAACAUACACCAUACCGCUUAAUACUGUUAUAGUGUGAAAUUAUGAAAAUAAUCGAAUGCUAAUUUGUCAUUCCAAGUAAAUCUGACAUUACUAAAUAGUGAAUUUUAAUUUUCAAUCUCAAACAUAUAAAAUUUGAACAUUUU